GGAGUUGCGGCAAAGCCUCACACGCCGGCUGCGCGGAAACGCUCGGCAGCAGCGCAAGUGGUUCUCCCGCUUUCGCGCAACAUGGCGGGCUCGCCUGGGCAGAUUGCGCUUGCAACAUGUUGUCCCGCAGGAGGAGAUGCGGCAGAAGGCAGUGGCGUUUUGGAAGUGGUGCAACUACACGGUCGCUUGCGCGGCUGAUGUUGGAAAAGAGGCGGUUUUUGUCAACAUGGACGAGACCAGUGUUGGCUAUCCACACAGUCUUGUUGGAACAGUCAUGGCUGAUAGAUCACACACAUGCGUGGAGCACGCUACUCUGUCGCAGCGGCGCGCGCGGAUUUCGCUCUUGGCUUCCAUAUCUUCCGACGCAAGGUUGCAAAGCCAUCUUCCACAACUCAUUUUGGCAAGCGAGAAGCAGUUGACCAAGAAGGUGCUGGCGUCGCUAGAGCCUUUGCCGCCCAAUGUUGUUAUACUUCGCCAGAAGAGUGCCUGGAAUUCGGCGCAGGGAAUGUGCGUGUACAUUGGUAUGCUCAGGGACGCCUUCGCAGGCCACAUCGGUGACAGAACUUUGGUCCUUUUGGUGGACACUGCAAGACAACAUGUCCAUCCCGACAUCUUGCAUCAAGCGCAAGUGUGCCAGAUCAAGCUUCAGUUUGUGCCAGCGCUCAUGACGAUGCAUCUCCAACCUUUGGACCUGGUGGUUUUCAGCGUGCUGAAGCGCUCAUUCCAAGAGCUCUGGCGUGAGACGCUGGAGGAUUCUUGCUCAGCCAAUAUGGAGCGCUUGUUGCGGGUGCUACUGGCUGCAAUUGGGCGUGUGCUUUGUGCGUCCACUUGGGCAGCUGCUUUUCAAAGAGCUGGCGUGACCGACCGGCAGCGGUUUGUGUGCCAGGUGCUUUUGCAAAAGCUAGGCUUUACGCCGCCCUUGCAGCUUCCGCUCGAACUGCCGCGGCUGGAUGAGGCAGCUGCUAUUUUUCCGAGGAACAUCAAACUAGAUGUUCGGGCCUACUUGUACUGGGAUGGGGAAGACAAAGUCUUGGCAGCCAAUGUCACAAAGCGAUUGCCGGCUUUGAGCUCGCCUGAAGGGCUUGUCAGCCACAACUGUGAAGGCCCCUAACGGCCGGUAGUGAAAAAAAGCCGCAGUUUGG